CUCACGGGAGAAACACAGGCACAGAGCUGUCAGUUAGUUUUGUAAACAAAGCUGCACAAAACAUGGAAAAUCCUGGAGGAUCUCAUUUUGAGGAUCGUCGGAAGGCACUCUUCGACUCCUUAAACACAGCUGAGAGGGCGAUAAAAGGGACGAGUCUCGAGCAGAGUGAUUCUCACGAGAGGAGCAGACUUUCGCUGGAGCGUCCAAAGGUGGACAGGAGGAAUGAGUCUAAGCAAGUGAUGAAAUUCCGUGGCCGUGAGAGCAUUUUCAAGCGUCCCGAGGCGCCCAUUUCACAGUGCUUGCGGCCCCGCCAGCGUCCUGACUAUCAGGUGCACCCUGACAAAUGGACGAAAUACUCCCUAGACGAUGUGGACACAUCCGAGCGCACCAACACAGCAGCAGCUUUCGCAUUCCUGGCCGAGUGCGAGCAGCGCAGGAGAGAUGAGGAAUCCCAAGAGGACAAGGAAGGGCCUGAGAAGAUUGUUUUCAAGAAGUCCGCCAAGUUGAAGAAGGUGGCCGAAAAGAGUGAAGACACCGCAACUUUCCGCGCCUCAAAGGUCGUCAUGCCGGAAUAUGUCAUCGGACAGCCGACAAAGCGAGAGAAGAAGAAGACACCGUCGAGGUCCUCACAGCGAGAGAAGGAAAUGAAGCUGGAUCAUUUGUUAGAAGAAGAGGACGAGUAAUAAAUAUAGCUUGCAAUAUCUGUGAUUU